AUGCAAGUCGAGUACGAAUCAUCCCCCGCUGUCGGGGAGCACCAGGCCGAGGAGAGCUUCUCCUUUCGCCCAGGAAACGGCGCGCCAGAAUCAGAGGAGGAAGAAGCGGAAGACCAUGAGGCUGGUGGUGAAGGCUCCAAGAAGACCAAAACCAAGCGGGUCAUCAAGCAACGUCAGUCUCUCGCUGAAAAGCAGCCAGGUACAACAAUGUUUCCGAUCAGCAAGGUGAAGAAGAUUGUCAAGGCGGAUAGGGAUGUGGAUAUCAUGAGCAGUGAAGCUGUCUUCAUGUGUGCUAUUGCGGCUGAAUACUUCAUCAAGCAUUUCAUGGAGGAGGGAUAUACAAAGGCGCGGUUGGAAAAGAGAAAGAUAAUCAACUACAAGGAUAUGGCCAACGUGGUUGCUCGUAACGAAGAGUUUGAUUUCCUGAAAGGCAAGUCCAAUUCCACUAUUCUUCUAUUCCUAUCUUCGAGCUAUGCUCGCUACAAGGAUGAAAAAACUUAUCCAGUUGUUCCGACUGAGCCGGCAAAUAUUGUCACGCCGUGCUAA